UGCCCCUCUGUAGUUGCUUUCUUCGUUCUCUCGCCCUGUACCCAAAUUUCGAUCGCUAUCAGACUCUUCUUCUUCUCGCUCUCCUCCUCGAUCCCUUCUCGCUGUCUCCGGCGUUCGAAUGCUGAGAUUCCUCUCUCCGUCAUCCUCCUACAGCCCCUCGAUCACGCCACCGUAGCCCUCCGGCCGUCCGAAUCCCCGUCUCCAGCGUUCGACAGGGAGAGGAGCUGCCUCGGGCUCGGGGAAGCGAGCCGGUCGCAGCGUUCUAGGGUUUCUUUUCCAUUCUUUGAUCUUUUCUCUCUGAGCCUGGGUUCCUGGAGGACUGGUGGGGGUUAGGGUUUCUUGAUCGUCGCCAUGGCUCCGGGACGUAGGAAGGGUGGGGCGCGCGGCAAGGCGAAUGACCAGUUGAAGCUGGGGGAUUUGGUUCUCGCGAAGGUCAAGGGAUUCCCGGCGUGGCCGGCGAAGAUAAGCAAUCCUAAAGAUUGGGGGCAUUCGCCUGAUCCGAAGAAAUGCUUCGUUCAGUUCUUUGGGACUUCUGAAAUUGCUUUUGUUGCACCAGCUGAUAUUCAAGUAUUUACUAAUGAAUCAAAAAGUAAGGUGAUAGCUCGCUGCCAGCGUAAAACUAUCAAAUGUUUUGCCCGUGCUGUGGAGGAGAUUUGUGUGGCUUUUGAAGAACUGCGCAAGAAAAGUUCAGGUGAGCUUGGAGAGGAUGCUGAAGGGACCAGCACUGGUCCUGCAUCUUCCCAAACUGACUGUUUUGAAGAUAGCAAGCAUCCAGCAGAUAAUCAUGAGAUGUCUCCAUUAAAAGACCAGGAAGAAAAACUUGAACAGAAGGUGGAUAAAAAUGACAACUCCAGUGAUGAGUUGCAUGGGUUGGAGCGCUGUUCAUGGAGUCAUGAGAGGACUGCGAUGUCUGACCUGAAGCCUAGUGAUUUAAGUGGAACAAAGUCUCUAGUUUUCUCUAAGUUGAGGAGGAAGAAAGCAUCAAAUAAUGGUCUACAGGAGCUACCAGAAAGAAAAGCUUCAGUUUCUAAUUCAGCUUCCAGUACUCCUUCCAUGAAGGGAGAUAAUGCAACAAAUCCUCAUCCUGAUGUCAAUCAAGGUGAUGGCAUGGAAAUAUGCUCGAAAACUGAAAUGGUGUUGGCUCUUCCAAAGAGCUCUGUUGCUAGUGGAUAUCAAGAUCUUGGUGAUUCUGAGAAAUGCCAUGGGGAUUUGUCUUGCAAUGAGCCUGUGGGUUCUCCAUCUUUGGCAACCUCAGUUCAUUCAAAAAAUUUAUGCAAUGUACAGAAAGUUUUAGAGAAUGGCCAUAUCAUAGCAAAGGUGGCUCCUAAAACAAAAAGAGAACUCAACAAUGCCCUGAAAGUGAAAAGAAGCCCUGCACUGAAAAAGCAGGAAAAGGAUUCCUAUACAAAGGGAAACAAACAGUGCAUAGAUGAAAAUAUUGCUUCACAUGAUGAUGUCAAAUCCAAAAAACCUUCAAGAUUAGAUACUGAUGUGAACAGUGUAAAGAGAUUAAGGAGGGUUCUUAGCAAGGAGGAAGAAGAAGAUACUACCAAGGGACAUGUCUCUGGAGGGUCAUUAUCUUCUGAUGGAUCUGGGGAGAAAAGGCCCGAGCGUCACAGUAAAAAGCAUAAGCUGGAUGAUGCUGAAGAUUCACGACCAGCUAAAAAAUCAAAAGAUGCAGACAAGAGUGGUGCAAUAACCAAGAGCUCAACAAAUAGCGACUUAUCCCAGUUUUCUGCUAAAAUUAGAGAAGAUAAAGUGAUGGAAAGUAAGAAAUCUGCUACAUCUCUGAAAGUUGAUGGUCAUCUGGUUUCUAAAACAGGAGCACAUAAUGAUAGGGUACCCAUGCAGGGUAAUGAGGUCAUCCUGCCAUUAUCAAAACGACAUUGUCAUGAAUUGGAGGCAGUAUCAAAUUCAGAGGCUAAAAGUGCUAGACAUAAAAUCCACUUUCGCCCCAGACGGAGGUCAUGUCGAAUUGAUGAUGACGAUGAAGAGGAAGGGCACAGAACUCCAGUUCACAAACAAUCUGCCAUCAAUUUGACUACAGUAAAACCAGACAUCCCAGCACCUAUUCAGUCACAACCAGGAAGAGGUAAAGAUCCUGUAUCUAGUGUUAACAAUGGUAUGAUUGAAAAUCCAGGCUUUACAAGGGAGGAGAAACCUUUGGAUGAUAGCAUAUCACCUGUUAAAAUUGAGAAUGAUAUUUCGUCUCCUUGUCCUGGCAAAAUUGUGGAGAGAGGGGCUGAAAAACCAUCUGGGUUACUCGUAUCUCCUGGGAAUCCAGAAUAUCAGAAAUCAUCAUCUAAUGAGGUUAGAAAAACCAUCAUUUCACCCAAAACAUCUGUUGGCCCAGGUGAGACAACCAAGUUGUCAGAGCAUAAGUCCAUCAAACCUCAAUCAAAAACUGCAUGUUCAAGUUCAGUUUCAGUAAAGAAAGCACAAAGUUCUUCGUCUAAACUCUCCAACCAGACUCCUGAGAGCUCAACUCGCUCUCAUAGUCAAGCUACCACAGAAAAGAAUAGGUCAACAUCUAAGUCAGAGAUGUCGAAGUUCAGCUCCAAAUCCAAUAUGCAGAUGUCUGUGGAUGCUGAAAAUAGAUAUGUCACUAAUUUUUCAGUUGAGCAUAACACUGAGAAGGAUGUUUUAUCAGGAGAACGAUCAGAAACUGCUAAACAAGACAAACCAGCAACUUUAUCAACUGAUUCCAAAUUUACAGAUUCGUUCAAGUCAAUGAAACAUCUUAUUGCAGCUGCUCAAGCAAAGAGGAGACAGGCACAGUCUCAUUGUCUACCCCGUGAAAAUGCUUUUCCUGGUUCAAUCUCAACGCCGCCUGUGAUACAGGGAAGGAGCCCAAGUCCUGCUUCUUCCAUUCCCUUGUCAUCAGGGAAUUCUGUUCAGAAGGAUGCAAAGGGAACAUCUGCACCUUCUGAUUCCCCAUCUGUACUUGCUCGACAACUGUCAUCAACAAAUCAGGUGGAACUCGAAGAAUAUGAACACAAAUUUAGUCCUGGACAUAGGGCACCUGGCGGGUCAUUGAGUGGUGGCACUGAAGCAGCUGUUGCACGUGAUGCUUUGGAAGGAAUGCUAGAAACACUUUCGAGGACAAAGGAUAGUAUUGGACGUGCAACCCGCCUUGCCAUUGAUUGUGCCAAAUAUGGCAUUGCUGGUGAGAUUGUAGAGCUUCUCAUUCGGAAGUUGGAGGGUGAACCCAGCUUUCAUCGUAGAAUUGAUCUCUUUUUCCUUGUGGAUUCCAUCACUCAAUGUUCACAUAACCAGAAAGGCAUUGCUGGAGCUUCCUAUGUUCCGACUGUGCAAGCAGCAUUACCACGUCUUUUGGGUGCUGCUGCUCCACCUGGAGCCAGUGCUCGUGAGAAUCGUCGCCAGUGCCUCAAGGUAUUGAGGUUGUGGCUUGAGAGGAAAAUUCUACCUGAACCGCUUCUACGUCAGUACAUGGAUGACAUUGAUGUUCCGAAUGAUGACACGAAUGAUGGAUUUUUUCUGAGACGCCCUUCUCGAGCUGAACGUUCUGUGGAUGAUCCAAUCAGAGAAAUGGAAGGAAUGCUUGUUGAUGAGUAUGGAAGCAAUGCAACUUUUCAGUUGCCUGGACUUUUAUCUUCCCAUGUUUUUGAAGAUGAGGAAGAAGAUCUUCCUCGUAGUCCAUGCAAGGACACUGGCAAUGAAUUGCCAGUUGAAGCUAUUGGUGUUUCAGAAGAGCCAGACACUUGUGCAUUUACUCCAAGUGAUCCAAGUGACAGACAUCAUCACAUACUGGAGGAUGUGGAUGGCGAGCUUGAAAUGGAAGAUGUGUCUGCAUUAUCUAAAGAUGAGAAAAGUAUAUUAAGGAAUGAUCACCUAGAGCUGGAAUCUCAGCAUCAUAAAUCUGACAUAGCUUUUCAACCAGCAUUGGCUGAUCAAACUGAGGUUUCCCAUCUACCCGUGGGCCCUCCUCCAUUGCCUUUAGAUCCACCUCCAUUGCCUUUGGAUCCUCCACCUCCACCACCACCCUUGCCUCCGUCACCGCCGCCACCACCACCACCACCAUUGUCACCAUCUCCUCCACCCCCACCCCCACCUCCACCAUUAUCUGCAGCACCACCCUUGCCGUCUCUCCCACCACCGCCACCUAUGGUGUCUUCAUCUCCAUCAUCAUUGUUAUUUCAUCCUUCUAUACAAGAAUAUUGCAGGACCUCAAGUGGCAAUCAACUGGCCCAGAUGACUGGGAAUGCUGCCUUCCAGGGCCAGGAAGAUGCUUCUUUGAAAAGUGAAAUGGGUCUGCAGCAGCCUGCUAACUUCAUGACAAGCGGCAUCUGCAAUGCACAACCUAUAACAAACUUUGGUUCCUCGAGGCCAUAUGAAUAUGGGCAUAAUGACAUGUAUUUAACAACUCAAUCUUCCCAUUCCGCUCAGCAGUUUCAACAAGGAAGUGUGCCCUUCCACCAAAGACCUUACCAUCCUCUUCCCCCUGCACAAACAACCCCAAAUCAUCCCUUUCCACCUGCACAAACGCCACCAAAUCAUUUCUCACAUGUUAACCCUAUGAGUCAACAAAAUAUGCAGCAGCCAUAUAAUCCUUACACCUUCUCAUCCCAUCCUAAUAGUCGGAGGCAUUUCGCUUCUGAUGAACAACGGAGAGUGCAUUCCAGUGAUUUUAGUCCAGAUAAUCAUCAUAAUGCUUGGGUAUCUGGAGGGAGAAGCUCAACAACUUCUUUUAUGCAGGAUGGAAUUUUGAGGACUAACAUGGAAAGAUCAUCUUCUAAUUCUGUGGGUUUUCAGCUUCCUUUGAAUGCUCACAUGCCUUCUGGAGCUUCAGUUCCAGGUUGUUUUGAUUUGCAAGUUUGGUAUUUGGCAAAUUCAAUUUUUUAUUGUUAUCAUAUUGGGAUUGAUUUGGUAUCUUAUGAAUUUAUACAGGCCAUGGUCUUCCCCAGGUGCUGCCAUGCAGGCCUGAUGUUUCUGCCCUUAAUUGUUGGAGGCCAGCUUAACAGUGAAUCUGUUAGUGUUUAUGUUGUGCUUGACAGUAUGAUGUGGAAGUUGGGGACUUGCAACACUGAUAUUUGUGGAGGUGGUCCUUUCCUUCCGAUUGAGUAUUAAAAGGGCAAUUGCCAUUAAAGAUGGUGACUAGACCUAACAUUGCCUUUUGGCAAACUUUGUACAUUUUAAUUUUUUCCUUGACAAUUCAUCGAGCAGGCUAAUCACUGCUAAACGUAAGCCGCCCUUGUUAUUUACACAAUUUAGAGAAUGUGAUUCUAACCUCUGUAUAUUUCUGAAUUGAAUACAGCUCUUGUUUCAGUUCAACGUUGUUUAUGAUAAUGCUCAGAAAAAUUUUGUUCCUGGAA